AACCCCUCGCACCCCAUCUGCCAACUACCAGCAUCUUGUUAACGCAAGAACGAACAAAGCUGCAGGUCAUGGCGUCAACGAACACGAGCACCUCGUGCAAAGUGGUGCUAGCGAGCGCGAUCGCCAAACGUCUACUCGAAGAAGUUGCAAGCGGCAUCAAGGCGCUCAAGCAGCCUCCUCGCCUGCAUGGCUUCCUCGCCAAUGACGAUCCGGCUGCGGAGAUGUACGCGAACUGGACCAAAAAGACAUGCGAAGAAAAUGGUGUUGAUUUCACGCUGCGCAAAGUUGAUCGAGAAGCACUCGAGGAUGAACUACGCUACGCCAACCAGGAUCAGAAGGUGGACGGUAUGAUCGUCUACUACCCUGUCUUCGACACGAUGCGAGAUCGCACUUUGCAAUGGACUGUCAGCCUGUACAAGGACGUCGAAGGACUUUCGCCGCAACUCAUUAGCAACAUGUAUCAGAACAUUCGAUUUCUGGAUCCACCAGAGAACACUCGCAAGUCGAUACUGCCAUGUACGCCGCUCGCGAUCGUCAAGAUUCUCGAGUACCUGCAAAUCUACAACAAUAUCCUCGACUACGGCAAGCGCCUUCACGGAAGACGAAUCACAGUCAUCAACCGCAGCGAGGUUGUUGGACGACCACUUGCAGCACUGCUUGCGAACGACGGAGCUGAAGUCUACAGCGUGGACGUUACUGGCGUUCAACAGUUCAGCAGAGGCUCCGGAUUGAAGAAGCAGAAGCACGAGAGUCGCGACAUGCCAGGCUGGGCUCUCGAGCAAUGCUUACCCAUCAGCGACGUGGUUAUCAGCGGUGUGCCGGGAGAAAAGUUCAAGGUACCCACGCAUCUUGUGCGCGACGGUGCUGUUUGCAUUAACUUCUCGAGCGAAAAGAAUUUUGACCCGGACAUCAAAGAGAAAGCUUCGAUCUACGUUCCUGCCAUCGGAAAAGUCACGAUCGUCGUGCUGAUGCGUAAUCUGCUGCGACUGGUACAGAAUCAGCCACAGGCGAAUGGUGACCAUUGAACUCCCGCUGCAUGAUGUGUCCUGUUCUGGGCUCCAUGCCCCGGAAUCUCACACUCCAAAAUCCGAGCGCAGAUGGCGGCUGGUUUAGGGGCUUCUUCGACACUCGGGAGCGGCAUCGCGUGAUACGUAGUUGCUCUGAGGGAGAGCAUACGACGAAAACACAGCAGUCGCGGAAUGACAGUCACCAGCGUCAGAUAAAGGA